UUGGUUUUUAAAUACCAGUACAAAUAGGAAACUAAUUUUAUUUUUGAUAAGUGCAUUUCUGUACCAUUCAUUGUAUUAAAAUCAUAUUUGUAUUUGUAUUAGGACUUAAAGCUGUAAAUUAAUACAAAAGUAAAGUUUGGAGGAUUUAUAUAUAUCGCUAAUGACGGUAAAAAGUAAACACAUAUUUCAUUAAACCACUGUACAUUCGGGGGCUAUACAAUGUGUCAAUUAAGGAGCAUGUUUUGGGGAUAUGCUGCUUUUGUUGUAGUGGUUUUGUUAGGAUAUGUGUACCUCUCUUUAAAUCAGGUACGUGUGACAAAAAUAGUAUCCAGGAUUCCUACACCAAAAAAGUUAUUCACCAAAGUAGUUCUGCAUGAGGAUUUAAUUACUACAGUCUCAACACAAAAAUACAGGUUAGGAAAAAUAAAGGAGGGAUGUAAAAAACACAAAAUGCUCAACUUUACAAAAACACCGAAGUUGAAUAAUCCGUACCUUUUCAUGUUUGUUGACGAAAAACGUAAAAUUGUGUCCUGUCACGUGCAAAAGGCAGGCAGUACGUUACUUAACAGAAUACUUGCUAUUCUUAUUGGAGAUUUGCCAGUUACAAAUCCAUUGAAUAUCCCACCAUAUUUAGCUCACAAUCGUAACGAUUUGAAAUCUCUCAAUGAAUACAAGCCGGCAGAUGCAGAACGGAUACUUAAAACAUACUACAAGUACUUGUUCGUUCGAGACCCACUCUCGAGGCUGAUUUCUUUCUACGAAGAUAAACUAUAUUUCCCUGACAACGAAUUCAGGUCUAAGUUUGGGAGGAAAAUGAUAUCUGUUUUUCGACCUAAUGCGAGUGCAAAAUCAUUGAGAUGUGGACAUGAUGUUACAUUUAAGGAACUUUUCAAUUCUGCAAUCAAUGCUGGAAUUUUUGAUAGUCGCCCUGCUUUUGCACACUAUGGGGAACAAAUACACGUCUGCCAUCCUUGCCAAAUAGAGUAUGACUUCAUCGGUAAACAGGAAACAAUGAUUUCGGAUAUCAAAGAAUUGUUUCGUCAAAUCAAUGUCAGCCAUUUGGUCAACAUGACGUCAACCCAGGAACAGCGCAACAUCGAUGCUAUCGUAUUCAAACUUCAUCCUAGCAAGAAUGAGUGGAAUAAACUAAUCCAAUGUGAAUCACAACGGGAACUUAUACAUCGAAUC